AUGAUUGCGUUAUUCGCGCCUGUAAUUUUGGAUUUGAUCGCAAAUCGAUUGGUACUUGUCUUCACAUAUCCGAAUAUCGCAGAAGCUUCUGCGCGUGUUAUGAACCACUCGGAGAUCACUUUCAAGGAAAUUGUUGAACCAUUGUUCGCGGUAAUCAAGGAAGGCGUCGAAGAAGGACACAAGAGUGAAUUCGUUGGUCGUUUACUCCUCAUUUUUCUUGGGUUCAUAGUACUCAAACAAUAUUCUCACAUCAUUAAAAGCAUUAAUCAUAGCUUCUUGGAAGGUCAAAUUAAUGAAGACAAGUUUAAAGAAAUUCGUGUGUUUUUUUGCACACAUUUUAUUGCAAUGGAGCGAGAUUUUCAUAAGAAGAUUUGUCCUUUUACUUUGAUCACUGUCUAUAGUUUAAUUGUCCUUCGAUUCGCUUAUUGUACUUAA